CUUCCCCUCUCGGCCUCUUUCUUUCCGUUCCCCCACAACCCUUUUUCUUCUCCCAUGGACAAUUUCACAAAUUACUCCAACGGUUUCGACCACAAGGAUUUGAAUCUCGCUUCUUCUUCUUCUUCUUCUUCUUCUUCCGCUAGUUUAUUCUCCUCCUUGGUGUGAAACAAGAAGAAGGCGGCGCGGGGCAGUGGUGGGUUGCCUAUUUGGUGCCCCUUUUGUCUUGUCGCCCGCUCACUGUUUCCCCUCAAUUCUCGUGCGCAAAGGUGCGGCGGGGGAUUGGUCGAUUCGGUUGGAUCGAUGGUGGGCGCUGGCGGGAGGGUGGUGCUGCGGCGGGGGAAGCCGGCGGAGGAGGAGGAGGACGACGAGUAUGUCGUAGAUGCGGACGAAGAGGAAGAAGUAGAGGAGGAGGAGUACGUCGCGGCCGCAUGCUCCGACGAGGACGCCGCGGAGGAAGACGGCGGCGACGACGAAUCUGACGCCGAUUUCGACGCGGACGAGGAGUCGGAGGACGAGGAGUUCGAGAUCGAGGCGCCGCGCCCGAAGAAGCGCCCGCCCAGGGCUCGCGUGCGGCGGGGGCGGCGCCGCGCGGUGAAGCCGGCGGAGGGUGAGGAUUCCGAUGAUGCGGAUUUCGAUGUGGAGGACGAGGGUUUCGAGAUCGACACGCCGCGGCCCAAGCGCGCUCGCUCGCGAGGCAGGAAGGCGAAGGCGGAGAACGAUUCUGAUGCGGAUUUCGUGGAGGAGGAAGAGUUGGAGGUCGAGACCCCACGGCCCAAGCGUCCGGCCAGCAAGGUUCGCUCCUCCCGAGGCAGGAACUGGAAGCAGGAUGACGAGUCUGAUGCGGAUUUCGAUGGGGAAGAGGAGGAGGAGGAGGAAAUGGAGGAAGAUCAGGAAGGGGACGAGGAUUUUGCGGCCGAGGCGCCACAGCCGAAACGCCCAGCCAACGGGCUUCGCUCCCGAGGCAGGAACCUGAAGGAUUCUGAUGCGGAUUUCGAUGGGCAAGAGGAGGAGGAUUUUGCGGUCGAGGCGCCACAGCUGAGACGCCCGGCCAACGGGCUUCGCUCGCGAGGCAGGAACCGGAAGCAGGAUGACGAUUCUGAUGCGGAUUUCGAUGGGCAAGAGGAGGAUUUUGCGGUCAAGGCGCCACAGCCUAGACGCCCGGCCAACGGGCUUCGCUCCCGAGGCAGGAACCGGAAGCAAGAUUACAAGUCUGAUGCGGAUCUCAACGGGGAGGAGGAGGAGGAGGAGGAGGAGGAGCAAAUGGAGGAUCAGGCAGGGGAUGAGGAUUUUGAGAUCGAGGCGCCACAGCCGGAACAGAAGCAGGACAACGAUUCUGAUGUGGAUCUCAGUGGGGAGGAGGAGGAGGAUCAGGAAGGGGAUGAGGAUUUUGAGGUCGAGGCGCCACAGCCAAAGUGCCCGGCCCACAAGGUUCGCUCCCGAGGCCAGAAGCAGGACAGCGAUUCUGAUGUGGAUCUUAAUGGGGAGGAGGAGGAGGUUGACGAAGAGGAGGAGGAUUUUGAGAUCGAGAUGCUACAGCCAGAGCGCCCGGAGAAGGUUCGUGGCCAGGUCAGGAACAGGAAACCAGCAGGAUCUCGCCGGCGGAGGCAUGAGGACGACGAUGACUAUGAGGAGGAGAGUGAGGAUGAGGACGAGGACUUUGAUCCGGAGGUGGACGGAGAGGAGGAUGACGAAGAGGAAGAAACUGAAGAAGAAGACGAGGAUUUGGGGGAUUAUGCUCCAAUUCGCGCGACAAAGGUCAAGGCUAAGAACCACUUGGUCCAGCAGAAGCCGGUGGCUGGACGUCAGCAUCGUAAGAGGAGCAGCGGUUCCAGGGUUUCCAAGGGAAAGAGGAGGAAGGGCACGUCAGCGCAUCGGCGGAGGAGGAAGCGAUGGGUGGUUGAUAACUAUGAAGACGAGGAGGAGGAAGAAGAUGAGGAUGAUGAUUUUGUUGUCAAGGAUGAUGUGGAGGAAGAGGAGGAUUACCGGCCAAGGAAGAAGGCCAAGAUUGGGAGGAAGACAAGAGAUGGCUUGACAGAGCCGGUUGCUGUGGGAGAGUCAUGGCCGUCAGUCGAAUCAGACACAUCAGAAUUUGAGUUUGUAACAUCUGAUGAGGAACACUCCGUGAAAGAAGCACCAACAACUGAGCCUGCGAGGAUCAAGAGGAAGAAGGGGAGGAGAAAGAGGGGUUCCAGGUCAGACUCGUCCUCGGAUUCUGAUUAUGUAAUAUCAGAGGAGGAACUGAAAGAUUUGGGGUUGCCUAGGCCUCUAGAGACGGUACCUCAGCUGCCUCCACACCCAACACGACGGACUGUUGUUCCAAGGGGGAUUGAUGGCAAGGGGAAAGAGCCAGAGGAGACUUUGAAACAGAUAUGCGGGAUCUGCCUCUCAGAGGAACAGAGAGCUACAAUACAGGGUGUGCUUAAUUGCUGCUCACACUACUUCUGCUUUGCUUGCAUCAUGGAGUGGUCAAAGGUGGAGUCGAGGUGCCCAUUGUGUAAACGGCGAUUCAACACAAUUACGAAGUCAUCAGUGCCAGAUCUAGGAUUGGGGUCAAGGAAUGUUGCUAUCCGGGUAGAAAAACGCGAUCAGGUAUACCAGCCAACUGAAGAUGAAAUGAGGCGCUGGUUAGAUCCAUAUGAAAAUGUUGUAUGCAUAGAGUGCAAUCAAGGUGGUGAUGACAAUCUCAUGUUGCUAUGCGAUAUAUGUGAUUCCUCUGCACAUACUUUUUGUGUUGGUCUGGGAAGAGAAGUGCCAGAAGGGAACUGGUAUUGCGGUGGGUGUAGAUCCAGUGUGGAGGGGCCUUCUUAUGCACAAACAGAGGAUAGGGUGGUUCACCAUGGAGAAAAUAAUAUGAACACUGCGGACAGUAGUUCUGGAUCAGUUGGCAGAGCUCUAUCAAGCGGAAUAUUCCAGAGACCACCACCGCUAAACAUCCAGCCUUCUCUGCAAGGAUUUGAUCUAAAUCUCUCUCCAAUAGAAACUCCUGACGAAGAUAAGCGAGCUGAGUCACAUAUCUCGGCCGAACCUGUAUCAACUCCUACUGGAAGGCACGCAACUGUCGAUAGGAGACGUGCCUUGAACCGACGUAUUCGUAUACUUCUAUUUAGACCUAGGACUGCAACUAAUCCGUGGCAGAAUGGCGUUCAGCAUGACAGCAUCAUACCAGGAACGGAACAAAAUAACCAGAACACCUGCCCUUCAACAGAAGUGAGCCCAUCGUGUUCCAGUGCUGAUUUUAUGCAGAGUCAGCAGAGUAGCUCGCCUUUUGUUCAGUCUUCAAGUAAUCUUACACACUGCACAUAUGGGGGUGGAAGCAAUUUCCGAGAGAUAGCAAAUGCCAAGGACCAGCUUAUUCCUAUUGUCAAGAGGAGCAUCAAGCACAUCUAUGCUCAGUCCCCAUUGGAUCAAACCUCUUUCAUGAACGUAGCACGGCGAGCAACAAACACUGUCUUAGCAUUGUCUGGGAUUGCGCACAACAGGGAUAGAGUUGUUGCCACUCCUUUCCCAUUUCCUAGCCAUUGUCGCCAUGCCUGUGAUGGCCGAGAGCCUGCAUUUCUCAUGAGAACUGUCUGCUCGUCAUGCUUCAACUCCUUUGUUGGUGAUGUCGUCAGUCACAUCGCAAAUAUGUUUUCCUGAAGUUGUUGACAUUUUAUUAAGCUGGCAUUUCUCUCUCUAUUGUUGCCAUUCUUUCAAUUAUAAACAGUUCAAAAGGUUAUACAAUCACAACUUCGUUACUGAAUAGCUUGAAAUAUAGUGCAUUUAUAAA